AUGUCGUCAAAGAGAGCUCGUUCAACUUCCGUUAAUUUUACCAAACAGUUGGACGACGGGAGCGAACGUACGAAUGAUGGGAAAGUUGCAGGAGAGGGAACCAAAAAACAAAAGCUCGUCACUUCAUCGGCCAGAAAGUUAUCUGCUGCUGAUGGAUCCACAGAACCGCCAACGAAACGUGGAUCAUCGUGUAUUAAUGAAAAAGGCACCAGUGUUAGAAAUUGUUUGAUGUGGUUUAGAACAGAUUUAAGGGUAAAAGAUAAUGUCGCGUUGUAUCGAGCUUCGUCGCUUGUCGCCACUGCCACGGGGACACCCCAGGGCAAUUAUCUUUUCGCAUUGUUUAUCAUAUCACCCGAAGAAUGGAAGUCCCAUGAUAUCUCACCCGCGCGAGUCGAUUUUUGGAUUCGCAAUUUGAGAGAGUUAAGGAAAAAGUUGCUGGAGUUAAACAUCCCGUUGAUCGUUCAGAUUGUGGAGAAUGCCAAAAAUGUAGCCUCCACCGUUAUCGAAUGGUGUCAAAGAUUGAAUGUGAGUCAUGUGUUUGCCAAUAAGGAGUAUGAGGUGGACGAAAUGAGAAGGGACAAUCGACUGCUCAAUACGGCCAUCGUGAAUUCAAUUAAAGUUGAAUUUUUACAUUCACAAUGCGUCGUAGAGCCAGGGUUACUUUUAACAAAGGUUGGAAAGAACAAAGGCAAGACCUAUACAGUCUAUACACCCUUCAAAAACUCUUGGAUCAAAUUUGUCGGUUCAAAUAUUUCUCUGUUGGAUUUGGUUCCCGAUCCUUUCGCGAAUUCUAGCGAAAUCCUAGAUUCACACCCAGAAACUUUCAAGUUCGACAUACCCGAGUUAAUUCCGAAGUUUAGUUUAGACACAAUACCCACCCGUGCUCAAGAAAAUUUUCCCGCAGGAGAAUCUGAGGUUCAUCGAAGACUCGAACAAUUCAUUUCGGAUCGAAUAGACAAGUAUCAUGAGGCCAGAGAUAUUCCUUCACAAGAUGGAACAUCAAGUUUAUCUCCAUACAUUGCAUCAGGAAUUAUUUCGACCCGUCAAUGCGUGUUGGAGGCGUAUUUGGCAAAUAGUAGAAAACUCUCGGGUGGAAAGAUUGGUGUUGUAAAAUGGAUCGAGGAAAUAGUGUGGAGAGAAUUCUAUCGUCAUGUAUUAGUGGGAUUUCCUCACGUUUGUAAGAAUCAACCUUUCAAAUUACACAUGAACAACAUUGAAUGGAAUGAUGACGAGGAACAUUUUCAAAGAUGGUGCCAGGGAAAAACUGGUUAUCCGAUUGUCGAUGCAGGUAAAACAACAAACCCCUCGGCUCUGCAGUUUAGUUGGGAACGAAUUCACAAUUUACGGAUCUAG